AUGGGUUUGGAUUCGGAUCUCUCGCUCUCCGGUUCCGGCUCCGAUCAUGUCAACUUCGGGUUCGCUUUCAACGACGUUAAUUUCUCCGAUCGUCUUCUCCGCAUCGAAAUCGCCCACGGCGGCGAGGUUAGUCGUGCGAGCGACGUCGGUUGUGUUAGAGAUCGCAAACGCAGGAGGGAAGAAGACGAAGAUGUCAACAACAAUGAGACCCAUAAAGGUGGUGAAGAUGAGACUACUAAUCCUUCAGUUAAAGAGUUACAUAUAAGCUCUCCGAUAUUAGCAGCCAAAAGCCCAUUCUUUUACAAGCUCUUCUCUAAUGGGAUGCUUGAAUCAGAGCAAAAACAUGUGACUUUGAAAAUAGAUGCUUCUGAGGAAGCUGCUGUAAUGGAGCUCUUGAAAUUCAUGUACAGCAAUUCACUGACAUUGACGAACGUCCCUGCUCUGCUCUCUGUUCUAAUGGCAGCUGACAAGUUUGAGGUCGCUUCUUGUAUGAAGCAUUGCUGCAGUUUGCUGCGAACUAUGCCCAUGACAUUAGACUCUGCAUUGCUUCUUCUUCAUCUUCCUCCGACUCUGAUAAUGGCUGAUUCAGUCAAGCCUUUGGUCAAUUCCGCAAGGCGAUUCAUCGCCUCUCGCUACAAGGACAUAUCCAAUUCGCCAGUAGAGGAGGUGAUGGCUUUACCGUUGAUAGGUAUCAAGAUACUACUAGCGAACGACGAUCUACAAGUUUCGUCUGAAGACGUUGUGUACGAGCUUGUCUCGAGAUGGUUAAGAUUACACUACUCAGGUGUUAGAGAGCGUCAAGAUGUCCUCGCCUCUCAUCUCGCUCGCUUCAUCCGUUUCCCUCACAUGUCAUGUCAGAGACUCAAGAGAAUGUUGCUCUCGGACGACUUUAGACCUUCCAUCGCAAAGUCAAUAGUCCUUGACGCUCUCUUUUUCAAAACCGAUUCAUCGGACGACCGUCCCGCGGCCUCCUCGCUUAACCGCCGGUUAGUGGAACGAGCCUACAAUUUCAAACCCAUCAAGACGGUGGAGUUCGAGGCUCCACGACAGCAUUGCAUCGUCUACAUGGACUUCAAACGCAGAGAAUGCGAGAGCCUGUAUCCAUCUAGGUGGACAAUGUCUCAGGCGUUUCAGUUAGGAGGACGAAUGUUUUACCUCUCAGCGCACUGCACCAUGGACCAGCUCAGCUUGUCUCCCUGUUUCGGGUUGUUUCUUUGGUUGCACGGAAAUGGGUCGGUGAGUCAGGCUUUGAAUUACCAGUUUUCAGCGAGGUCGAAGCCAACGGAGGAGUUUAGGGUUCGAGUCAGAAAGAACUUUACGUUAGUCGGAGGUCAAGCUGUUGGGUUCAGGGACUUGUUUGGCAUGCCGUGGGAUCGUUUCAUGGCCGAGGAUUGUCCCCACUUUAUCAAUGGCGUUCUUCAUCUCCGAGCCGAGCUCUCCAUCGGACACCUUUAG